CUCGGCGCACAAAGCGAAAGAGGGAGGAGAAAGCGUUUCAUCAUCGCUCCCGAGAGCCGAUUUAUAAGAACUUGGCGCUGCCGCUGCCGGGCUCACUCGCAGCCUCGGAGGGAUUUCGGCACAGCCCGGGCGGGCGGCGGGACGGGCCGGGCCGGAGAGCGGCGGCAGCCCAAACAUCCCGGGCUCCCCGGGAAGCCCUCGCCAUGGGAGUCCGCCCCGAGGUUGGCAAAUCCCCGGUGGACAUCCCCAAGAGCUCCGGCACCUGCUCCAGGAGUUUUUUCUGCAACAUCAAAGUGUUUGUGCUGUGCCAUGGGCUCCUCCAGCUCUCCCAGCUCCUCUACAGCGCCAACUUCAAGAGCAGCCUCACCACCAUCGAGAAGCGCUUUGGGCUCUCCAGCCUCUCCUCAGGUUUCAUCUCCAGCUUGCACGAGAUUGGCAACGUGGUGCUCAUCAUCUUUGUCAGCUACUUCGGCAGCCGCGUGCACCGCCCGCGCGUGAUCGGCCUGGGGGGGCUGCUGCUGGCCCUGGGCGCCUUCCUGGUCACCCUGCCACACUUCCUCUCGGGCCCCUACGAGUACACUGCCCUCAGCACGGGUAACAAAAGCCAGGGGCAGGAUGAGCUGUGCUAUGCAGAGAAUAGAUUUGUGUGCUCAAACAGCACCCAGGACCCUGAGAAGGAGGCCAGCAGCAUGUGGGCCAUGAUGGUCAUUGCCCAGCUGCUGGCUGGGAUUGGCACUGUGCCCAUCCAGCCCUUUGGGAUAUCCUACGUGGAUGACUUUGCAGACUCCAACAAUUCUCCACUCUAUGUUGCCAUCCUCUUUGCCAUUGCUGUGUUUGGCCCUGCCUUUGGAUACUUGCUGGGCUCCGUGGUGCUGCGGCUCUUUGUGGAUAUCGGGAGGGUUGACACUGUGGACCUGACGCCGGGCGACCAGCGGUGGAUCGGAGCCUGGUGGCUGGGGCUGCUCAUCUCCUCGGGCUGCCUGGUGCUCACCUCCAUCCCUUACUUCUUUUUCCCUCGCUACAUGCUGAAAGGAGAGGAGCGGAACACGGAGGCCGGGAUGCUCAGGAAGAUGGAGACAGGGGCUGCUCAAGACACCUCCCUGCUGGAGUUCAUCAAAAGGUUCCCAAAAAUCUUCCUCAGGCUGCUGCUCAACCCCCUCUUCAUCCUCCUGGUGCUGGCUCAGUGCAGCUUCUCCUCCGUCAUUGCGGGUCUGUCCACCUUCCUCAACAAAUUCCUGGAGAAGCAGUACGGUGCCUCCUCCUCCCAGGCCAACUUCCUCAUAGGAGCUGUGAACCUGCCGGCAGCAGCCCUGGGGAUGCUGCUGGGGGGGAUCAUCAUGAAGCGCUUCUCCUUCUCCCUGCGCGCCAUCCCGCGCUUCGCCGUCGUGGUGCUUGUCUUCUCCAUCCUCAUCUGCCUGCCCAUCUUCUUCAUGGGCUGCUCCACAGGGCACAUCCAGGGCGUCUACCACCCCAGUGCACCCAACUCCCAGCAGCAGGUUAAGGCACGGGUUGGGUGCCAAUGCUCUAAGCAGAUCUUCCACCCCGUGUGCCGGAAAAACACCACGGAAUACAUCUCCCCCUGCUUCGCUGGCUGCACCAACAGCACCACCAACCCCUCCAACCCCAAACAAAAGAUCUACCACAACUGUUCCCUGAAUGGGAAUGAGCUGUUCUCCACCUCCACGGGCUCUUGUCCAGUCAGCUGCUCCCACAUGCUCCUUCCUACCAUAUUCCUCAUCUCCUUUGCUGCCCUGAUCGCCUGCCUGUCCCACAACCCCCUCUACAUGAUGGUGUUACGGGUGGUGAACCAGGAUGAGAAGUCGUUCGCCAUCGGAGUGCAGUUCCUGCUGAUGAGACUGCUGGCCUGGCUGCCGGCCCCGGCCAUGUUCGGAGCCCUCAUCGACUCCUCCUGCAUCUACUGGCAGCAGCAGCAGUGCGCCCCGGGCCGCUUCUGCGCCUACUACAACAACGAUUUCCUCCGGAACAGAUACCUGGGGCUGCAGGUGGGCUACAAGGUGGUGGGCACCGUGCUGCUCGCCCUCAUCAGCUGGAAGGUGAAGAGGAGCAAGGAGUACAACGUGCAGGAGAAGGCGGCGGGGCUGGUGUAGCCCCCGAGGACUGGCUCGCACCCCCAUCACCCACUGCCACUACUUUAUCUUGUUUGGGUUUGUUUUACUUCCCACGGGAGCGACUCCGCAGCCCAGGUGCUCCCGGCGAGGGAUGCUCCGGGCCAGCCCCGUCCUGGGAACGGCUUCUCCCGGGCUCUCCAGCCCGUCACCCUGGGCAGGGGCAGCCCGGCCAGCUGGAGCAGGAGACAGAGGGGGCUGGAACACACGGACCCGGAGAAGUGCCUGCUGCGGGCGAUGGUCCCGCUCCGGUGUGACAUUCCCGGCCGGGACAGGAGCAGGGGAGGUGGCUGCCAGCCCCGAGGGGCUGCCCGGUGUCCCCCCACGGAGGGCAGCAGGGACACCGCACACAUGUUGGGACAAGACAGCACAACGGGUUUAUUGCAGAACAUCUGGGGUUUGUUGCUCUUUUUAUUUUUUAAAUAAAGGUCACUUUUCCAAC